AUGGGGGCAGUUGUGGCCAAAUUGCUCCUGCCUACCCUCAGCAGCCUGGCCUUCCUCCCCACAGUGAGCAUCGCUGCCAAGAGGCAGUUUUACAUGGAGGCCAUGGUCUACCUCUUCACCAUGUUCUUUGUGGCGUUCUCCCAUGCCUGCGAUGGGCCUGGCUUGUCCGUGCUGUGUUUCAUGCGCCGUGACAUCCUGGAGUACUUCAGCAUCUAUGGGACGGCCCUGAGCAUGUGGGUCUCACUAAUGGCACUGGCCGAUUUCGAUGAACCCCAGAGGUCAACCUUCACGAUGCUCGGUGUGCUUACCAUCGCUGUCCGGACUUUCCAUGACCGCUGGGGCUAUGGGGUGUACUCGGGCCCCAUAGGCACAGCCAUCCUCAUCAUUGCUGUGAAGUGGUUGAAGAAGAUGAAGGAGAAGAAGGGUCUGUACCCUGACAAGAGCAUCUACACUCAGCAGAUAGGCCCCGGCCUCUGCUUUGGGGCACUGGCCCUGAUGCUUCGCUUCUUCUUUGAGGAAUGGGAUUACACCUAUGUCCACAGCUUCUACCACUGUGCCCUGGCCAUGUCCUUCGUCCUGCUGCUGCCCAAGGUCAACAAGAAGGCUGGGAACACGGGGCCCCCCGCCAAGCUGACCUUCUCCACCCUCUGCUGCGCUUGUGUCUGA